AUGGAGGAGGUGAUGGAGGAGGUGAUGGAGGAGGUGAUGGAGGAAGUGCUGGAGGAGGUGGUGGAGGAGGUGAUGGAGGAGGUGAUGAAGGAGGUGAUGGAGGAGGUGAUGGAGGAAAUGCUGGAGGAGGUGAUGGAGGAGGUGAUGGAGGAGGUGAUGGAGGAGGUGAUGGAGGAAGUGCUGGAGGAGGUGAUGGAGGAGGUGAUGAGGAAGUGA